AUGUACGUAACCUUCCCUGUCUUUUUCCUUCUUCUAUUCUCAUACAAAUAUCGAUAUCAUGAUCGACUUGUAUGGAGAAUUUCUGAGAAUAAAUUUUGUAAUCGCACUUGGACUUUAUGGAAUACAAGACUUGUGUUUCGGAAUGGAAUUGGUGCAUACAGUGGAAAGCAUGUUGAACCCAACUGUGUAUACCUUGUGAUGGACACUAUAUAUCAUGAUCAACAAAGUGCAUCAGUAGUCUGGCAAAAGCUGGGAGACCACCACCCGCAGAUCCUCCUGCCAGCAUCAUAG